GACCAAGACCAAAUAAAAAAAAAUAUUAGUACUGUAUUUAAAUAGGCAAAAGCAAUAGCAGGAUUUAUUUGGUCAGUGUGUGGUCGUGUGAUGAAAUUAUUGUUUUCAACUUGAACACGAAACUCAUUGUCAUUCGGUCCCAUCUUAAAAGGUUAAAGUUCACUUGCAUGACAUUUUGGGUUGAACAUAAAUUAUAGUUACUAGGCCUAGUCUUCCAGUUCACACAGGCCUAAGCAAAGCUGGUUACUUCGUUAUUUGGAUCAUUGAUGUUUUAAGCUACUGAGUAAGUUGGGGAUUCUGAAAAUCACAAGAUGGACAUGGAUAUUGCGGGGUCAAAGGAAGCAGAGUACGUUUGUGAUAGCAAUGAAGCGCUCGAAUUUAAACUAGUUCGUGUGGAAGAAGAUUUAGAAGAUGACUCUAUAUCCUUCAAACCAGAAAUGUCACAUCAAAUUUUUGGAGACAGCGAAAGCAUUUUUGGAUACAAAGAGCUUACUGUAAAACUGUACUACUCUGCAUGCCGUUUAACAAUGUACCUUGGACUCGAAUACCAAACUGUUGUGGAUCCUAAUCUCUUUGGCGGAGUUAAGCCAGACAAUGUUAUGAAAAUUAUUCAGGAAAAGCUUCAAGUUCCUGCUGUUCUAACAAAUAUUGAUGAAUUUUCCAAAGCUUUAAAAGAUGAUGAUAGCUUUCAGCCUUUUGGAGACAAAUUGGCAUCAUUCAGUGUGAAACAAGGCAAUGGAAACAAAAACUACGAAAUUUAUCACUGUGAUACAAACAACAAAAAGUUCUUGAAUUUCCAUGAGCGUCUUCAAACAUUUGUAUUAUUUUACAUUGAUGCUGCAAGUUACAUUGAUGUUGAUGAUUCCAAGUGGCAAUUCUUUGUGAUAUAUGAGAAGUUCAAGAACCCUUCGGGCAGCUUGAGCUACGCCGUGGUAGGCUACAGCACUGUGUACGAGUACUAUGCGUACCCAGACCGUGUUCGACCUCGGGUCUCCCAGAUGCUGGUACUGCCUCCGUUCCAACGCCAGGGCCUCGGCGCUCACCUGCUGUGUGCCAUCUACAGUCACUACCGCGGCCAGGCUAAGGUUGCUGAUAUAACAGUGGAAGAUCCCAAUGAAGAGUUCCAGUCCUUGAGAGACUAUGUGGACGCCUGCCUGUGUUCUUCUCUCCCAAGUUUCUCCAAAGACAACCUGAAGCAAGGGUUCGAUAAAAUUAUGGCAGAGGAAGCGUGUUCCAAGUUCAAAAUAAACAAGAAACAAGCUAGACGUGUGUACGAGAUCUUAAGAUUGAAGGAGACUAAUGUGCACAAUGAUGACGAGUCCAAAUCUUUCCGUCUAGAUGUCAAGCGACGGUACAACAUUCUAUUUCAAAAAGAAGCAAAACUGAUGAAGAAGCUGAAACCUCUUCUGGAUCAAGAUCCUCAGUUGCAUACUAAUUUGGGUCUGAAAACACCUGAGCAAAGAUUUGAAAUACUCGAAAAACUGUUUUUGGAUACAGAAAAGGACUAUCAGAAAACUAUUUUGCGAAUCGAAAAACAUCCCUUGCCCUCCAGUAUACUUUGAAUGAAAGCACUAUUAAGGUUUAACACUUUGGCAGUAAAUUGUUUCUUUUAUGGCAGUUCCAAACUUGCAAGAUUUUGUAAACUGUAAAUCUGCAGUAUGUUUAAGUUGAAGUAUUGUUAGUUAUUUAUA